UGUCGGUGACUCUAACAUUUUUUCUACUAGGUUGUCUGGGCUUAUGUGACCGAGUAUUUGCUCUGCUAUAUUCCGCUGCAUGUUCCAUCUUGGGCAGAAAAAUAGAGUGUGUUCAACCGUAUCCACGUUUAUGCAAUAAAGGCACUCCUCGGUUUCGGCCAGAUUGAAACGUUUGAAGUAGGCUUCAAAGCACCCGUGCCCGAUUGCAUGGGACUGCGGAACGUCCGUAUCAAGGUACCGACGGCGGUGGUACGUGGUCAUGACGCGGUGCUUCAGUGUCUUUUUGAUCUCGAGGGUGAAAAACUCUAUUCGGUAAAGUGGUACCGCGGGAUCGCCGAGUUUUUUAGAUACUCACCCAGUGAAUUUCCGCCGAUAAAACAGUUCCGAAUACGCGGACUAAACAUUCGAGAAAGGGACUCGCGUGACACUCAAGUGGUGUUGGAAAAAGUAAGCAAAGACAUUGGCGGUUUGUUCACGUGCGAGAUCACUGCCGACCGGAAUUUUCACACAGCGGUGCAAACUGCAGAGCUAAAGGUGGUUGAAUUACCGAAGAAAGACCCAUACAUAACGGGUUUAAAGACGAGAUAUAAACUAGAGGACGCCCUAAAAGCGAACUGUACGUCGGAAGGGUCGGAUCCCGCCGCAAACCUCACCUGGUACGUCAAUGGCGUUCCUGUCGAAGAAAAAUACGUGCGACAUCACAAACCCGCCGCCUAUAAGGAUGAAAAAUUGGUCUCGGCCAAGUCGACGGUGAGAUUGAGAGUCACCACGGAUCUCUUCAACAACGGCAAACUUAAACUUCGUUGUUCGGCUACCAUGUACCAUCUAUACCACCGGAGUUCCGAAAAAAGUAUCGAGUUGCAGAGGAAACGACACAGGUCACCCUAUGUUUGGCUAGAGACUCCCACAACGAUAGAGCCGCCGUUUGAACAGUGGGAAAUGCCAGCGGAGCGUCCCCCUCAGGCUACAGUGGAGUUUUACGCGCCGGCGAGUCGCAGCUUUGGCGGUCCGCUGCUCCAGGCGAAUUUUGCCACAACGUACACAACGUUGUUUGUUGUUAUACAUCAAAUUCGGUGAUAGGGAGACGAGUGUUAGGAGUGGUUAUGCGUUAAUUUCUAUUUUCCUCCGAUCGAUGUGAUAUAAUUUGUUUGGGAAGAGAGUAUAUAUAUUACGAAGUGUACAUAUUAAAUU